AUGGUGUUAUUCAGAAGCUUUGUCUGCCUCUUAGUCCUAUACCUGCUGCAGGGGUCUGAUACUUCCCUUGUUCGGCUGAAUAACAAUGGCUAUGAAGGCAUCAUCAUUGCUAUAAACCCUGGUGUGCCAGAAAAUGAAGCACUAAUUGAAAAAAUAAAGGACAUGGUGACUGCAGCUUCUACUUACCUAUUUGAAGCCACAGAAAGAAGAUUUUUUUUCAAAAAUGUAUCAAUAUUAAUUCCUGAUACUUGGAAGGAAAACCCUCAAUACAGAAGACCAAAACAUGAAAGCUACACACAUGCUGAUGUUUUAGUUGCACCACCUACCCUACCUGAUAGAGAUGAACCAUACACCAAGCAUUUUAAACUCUGUGAAGAAAAAGGAGAAUACAUUCAUUUCACCCCUGACUUUGUACUUGGGAAAAAACAAAAAGAAUAUGGACCAGCAGACAGACUACUUGUCCAUGAAUGGGCCCAUCUCCGCUGGGGAGUUUUUGAUGAGUACAAUGACGAUGAACCUUUCUACAGUGCUUCGUCUAAAAGAAUUGAAGCAACAAGGUGUUCCACAGGUAUUACUGGUGUGAACAGAGUUUAUAAAUGUCAAGGAAAUAGCUGUGUAUUUAAUAAAUGCAAAAUUGAUCCUAAGACAAAACUAUAUGAAAAAAAUUGUCAAUUUUUCCCUGACAAAGAUCAAACUGAAAAGACAUCCAUAAUGUUUAUGCAAGGUAUUACUUCUGUUGUUAAAUUCUGUAAUAAACAAAACCAUAAUGAAGAAGCUCCAAGCCUACAAAACAAGAAGUGCGAAUUCAGAAGCACAUGGGAGGUGAUUAGCAAUUCUGAGGAUUUUAAAAACACCACACCUAUGGUGGAAUCACCCCCUUCACCUGUCUUCUCAUUGCUGAGGAUCAGAGAUAGAAUUGUGUGCUUGGUUCUUGAUAAAUCUGGAAGCAUGGCGGGUUAUAACCGCCUAAAUCGAAUGAAUCAAGCAGCAAAAUAUUUCCUGCUACAAGCUGUUGAAAAUGGAACCUGGGUGGGGAUGGUGCAUUUCGAUAGUACUGCCAACAUCAAAAGUAAGCUAAUCCAAAUAAUAAGCACCAACGAAAGAAAUAUGCUCGUGAACAGCUUGCCUAUAGCACCUAGUGGGGGAACUUCCAUCUGCGCUGGAAUUAAAGCAGCAUUUCAGACAAUAAGAGAAAUAUACUCCCAACUAGAUGGAUCUGAAGUAGUGCUGCUGACUGAUGGGGAGGAUAACUCUGCAAAAAGUUGCCUUUAUGAAGUAAAAGAAAGCGGGGCCAUUAUUCACUUCAUUGCUUUGGGACCAUCUGCUGAUCACGCAGUCAUAGAGAUGAGCGAUGUAACAGGAGGAAAGCAUUUGUUUGUCUCAGAUGAAGUCCAGAACAAUGGCCUCAUUGAUGCUUUCGGGACCCUUGCAUCAGGAAAUGCUGAUAUUUCCCAGAAGUCUAUUGAGAUUGAAAGUAAGGGAUUAACACUCAAUAAUAAUCACUGGAUGAAUGGAACUGUAAUAAUUGAUAGCACUGUGGGGAAGGACACAUUCUUUCUCAUCACAUGGGUAACACAGCAGCCCAUUAUUUCUCUCUUGGAUCCUAAUGGAACACCAAUGAACAUUUCCACAGUGGAUGCUGCUUCCAAAAUGGCCUAUUUCAGUAUUCCAGGAACUGCAAAGGUGGGUGUUUGGACUUACAGUCUUCAAGCCAAAGCAAACUCAGAAACAUUAACUAUAACAGUUAAUUCUCGAGCAGCAAAUUCUUCUGUGGCCCCAAUCACAGUGAAUGCUAAAAUGAAUAAAGACACAAACAGCUUCCCCAGCCCAAUGAUUGUUUACGCAGAAAUUCUACAAGGGCAUAUACCCAUUCUUGGAGCCAAUGUGACUGCAUUCAUUGAAUCAAGUAGUGGAAAAACAGAAGUUUUGGAACUUUUUGAUAAUGGUGCAGGUGCUGACACUUUCAAGGAUGAUGGGGUCUACUCCAGAUAUUUUACAGCUUAUUCAGAAAACGGCAGAUAUAGUUUAAAAGUACGAGCUCAUGCAGGAACAAACACUGCCGCACGAAAUUUAAGGCAUCCACCAAACAGAGCUGCAUACAUACCAGGCUGGGUAGUGGAUGAGAAAAUUGAAGGGAAUCCACCAAGACCUGAAAUUAAUAAGGAUACUCAGACAAAUUUGGAGAGUUUUACCCGAACAGCAAUUGGAAGUGCAUUUGUGGUUUCAAAUAUUUCAACAUUUCCCUUGCCUGACCUGUACCCACCAAGUCAAAUCACAGACCUUGAGGCCACACCUGAUGGGGAUAUGAUCAAUCUAACAUGGACAGCACCAGGAGACAAUUUUGAUGUUGGGAAAGUUAAACAGUAUAUCAUAAGAAUAAGUGGAAGUAUCCUGGAUCUAAGAGACAAGUUUGAUGAUGCUCUACAAGUAAACACAACUGAUCUGCUACCAAAUGAGGCCAACUCCAAGGAAACCUUUACAUUUAAACCAGGAAAUAUCUCAGAAAAAAAUGCAACCCACAUAUUCAUUGCCAUUCAAAGUGUGGAUAAUAGCAGUUUGACAUCAAAAGUAUCCAACAUUGCACAAGUAGCUUUGUUUAUUCCUCAAGGAGAUACUGAUGAAAUACAUCCAAAUCCUAAUCCUGGAAUUAGCAUUUCUUCUUUGGUGCUGUUAGUGGUUGGAUGCGUGGUCCUUGUUACUAUUAUUUUAAGUGUCACUAUUUAUAUCUUAAAAAAGAAAAAAAAUCCAAACAGACCUAGUACAGCGUUUUAA